AUGCCGUCGCGAACACAAUAUUUCGGCUAUGACUUCACUAACAUCGGCCCCCUUACAACUACAUAUGAACCACCUGCAUCAUGUACCACAGCGACAACAGAUCAUAUUUACUUCGCCAACGCGACGUCGCUGGAGCAAGCUUACGGCUCUGUCAAAUGCGACGGUCCAGAGCCGGUGGGGAAAUGUUACCCUUCCGGUGCAACCUACGAUUCAUUGUUGAGUUCUUACGCUACGUAUCGUGAUCAGGGCUUCUGGCAAUAUUUCUCGCCUGGUGUGGUCUGUCCCAAGGGUUGGACCACAGCUGUUCUGGGCAUCAUCACCGUUCUAAUGCGUGUGUUUAGCGGUUGGUCAGCUGGUCAGUGGGGAGGCUGCUUUUCUUCCAUCGAACCUCUCAAGUCAGCUACUUACAGUGAGUAUUGCAACGCGUAUGCGCCCGCCAGUGCCGGGGUCGAGGUACAUACGGUUGAAGGCACUUCCGUAGCCACCGCUUUGAUUUCCUGGCGGUCAGUCACGGACUUAACUACCAGAACUAUGGCAAUCUCGGACCUGAAGGAUUCUAGCCCCACGGGAUUCGAUGAUCUGGCAGUUGCAAGAAACUUACCUGCUGUGGCAUUGGUGUAUAAACCAUCGGAUGUCAAGAAGGCGAAGGAUAGCGGUGAUGGGGAGAGUGAAGAGAGUAAAGAUGCGAAAGCUGAUGAUGAUAAUGGUGCUUCGACGUUGAACGGUGGGAGCUUCAUUCCUCUGGUAGCGGUCUUGUUCAGUAUGCUUGUUGGGGCUGGUAUGUUGGCGCCUGGAUUCUAG